AUGUCUUCCACCGAUAAUACUGAGCUGAUUCUUGCCGUUGUGGCACUUAUCAUUUCUAUUCUCGCCUUUGUUAUCGCCAUCUUGCAGGCUCUCCAGCAGUAUUUCGCGUCGGCUACGGGAUAUUCUUCUUGCAGCGAAGCUGUAAUAGGAAAAUGGGGGCGCUUCUCCAGGCGCCGGAUGCUUUGGUCUGAGUUCCGCAUCGAAGUACAUUUCGAAACGCCCGUGUUAUUUGUCGCAAGGCCCGAGAAUACGAGAGGGCCUCUCGGAAAUGAUGAGGAUUUCCGUCAAGAGGAUAGGAAAAUUAUACGUCUUGACGGCAGCCACACAAAUCUCAAGUACACAUCGAGCACUGAAGAGUUCAAUGCGCAGCAACAGAAGAACAAGAAAGAAGCCAUCCGCACAGCAGACAACGAAAACGCAACAUGGUGCCACUUGCUGAUGACCAUCUAUCAAAUGGAGAAUGAGUCGCGUUCAUGGCAGAAGGAAUCGCUAGGCUACCAGCCUCCCUGCGAUCCAUCGCCUCCUCACUCAUUGAUUGUCUGCAUGCAGAGAAAGCAGCGAGUCUGGGAUAGCAUUCCCCAGGGUCUCAGUAAACCCUAUGCCACAACCACUAUAUCGCAUCUAAUCGAGAUCGCUGCCAUGCUUGGCAUUCACUGGAAGAAUUUCGAUUUGGAUAAUGAUCGUUAUCGAGCCCAAGGCAACGGCUUUGUCCUGUAUGGCUCUUACGUCGAUAAUUUGGGCAUAUCUUUUACCUUUCAGAAACAAGGCCGGACCGUAUUUGGACAAAAUCGUUUGAUUCCAAACCACGACAUCAAGCAAUUGUGCUUUGGUUUGGCACCAACAAUUCUCCAUCGGGAGAUGCUCGUUUACGUCGAUGGGAGUGAAGAUCAUGCAACCUUGCAACUUGGCACCUUGGCAGAAAUUGCUGAUACUCUAGCGGAGUUUGGCUGUGAUAACAACACGAUUGGCUACUUUAGAAAGAACGCCGAAAAUGCUCGUCAUAGCCAUUUAUUUCCUGUUCCCUUCGAAAUACUAGGAAUGGUUGGCCAAAUACUUCACAUAAAGGAUACAGCUUUUCGGAUGCUUCCUAAUCCCACAGUAUAUUACUGGGAGCCCAACACAUUUUCCCUUCCCACACUCACCAACAACAUUGUCGCUCUACUGAGGGUGGCUCAAACACAGACGGCCCGUACGGAAGACAGUGAUCAGAUUUCUGAAAUAUUGGAUUGGUGUGAUGAUAUUGCGGAAAAGGUUGAAAAGCCGCCCAACGGAUCAAUCCAUACCAACAUCAGCGGUACAGCUACGGCUGAUAGGAUUGCGCACUUGCGCGGGGGCAUAGAGCUCUGUGACCAAUACUUGAAAGGCGUUGACAUGGUGAUGAUUUACCAAGUCGUUCGCGUACACAUCCAAGAGGUUUUGGGGAUGUUGAAUCAGAAACCGGGUGACGAACCUGAGGAUGAGAGUCUUGAUUCUAUUCGCAUAAGCGACUUUGAUUCCGCAACGGUGGAUGAAAAGCAUCACCUCCUAGCACGAUUAUACUGCAAAUCGGUACGGCUGAACGUCAUAGAAACUGUUUACAAGCAGCGGUCACAGUACAACCAGAAAGCAAACACGUAUGCGAUGGCGGAAGACGUGGCGGACUCGGGGGCUACAACAAAACGUGAGAUUAACAAGAUUUGGUGUACCCUCAUAUUCCGAAUGCUUCACUGGCUCCAACUACACGACUUUCAUAAAAAGGACAUUCAGAUAAGCAAGGGCGAUGCAUAUGAGAGUCGCACGCCGGUAUACAUACUCUAG